GUCCCCCUUCCGGAACGGAGAGACCUGGUGCGCUGCUGCACUUGGGAAGGUUCUCUGCACUGAAGAGCGGAGAAGAGGCAUGUUGGGCCGGGUUGUCGCUUCUGGGGCGCUGAGCCUCCUUCGCAGCGGGGCAGGAAGCUCUUUACUUAGGUAGGGGGCAGGGUAGUUUUUGUGUGUUGAAUAUAUGCUAUAUGGUAAUUUAUGGACCUAAAUCUAAAGCCGUUUGCACAUAACAAAAUAUGUAUUUUAUCAAAGUAAUUGUUGAACUGAAAUACAACUAAGAAGAAGUAUAUUAAUAGGUAAAGGUAAAGGGACCCCUGACCAUUAGGUCCAGUCGUGGCCUACUCUGGGGUUGCGGCACUCAUCUCACUUUAUUGGCCAAGGGAGCCGGCGUACAGUUUCCGGGUCAUGUGGCCAGCAUGACUAAGCCGCUUCUGGCGAACCAGAGCAGCGCACGGAAACACCAUUUAUCUUCCCGCCAGAGUGGUACCUAUUUAUCUACUUGCACUUUGAUGUGCUUUUGAACGGCUAGGUUGGCAGGAGCUGGGACCGAGCAACGGGAGCUCACCCUGUCGCGGGGAUUCGAACCGCCGACCUAGGCUCUGUGGUUUAACCCACAGUGCCACCCGCGUCCCUAGUAUAUUAAUAGUGAAAUACAAUUAAGAAGAAGUAUAUUAAUAGUGAAAUACAAUUAAGAAGAAGUAUAUUAAUAGUGAAAUAAUUAUUAAGCUCUAACUUAAAUAGUGCCAUUUUAGUGCCAUUGCCUUCCGUUAAGAGUUUGGGUGUAAUCCUUGACGCCUCCCUUUCCAUGGAGGCUCAAGUUACAGCAACAGCCAAGGCGACAUUUUUCCACCUUCAUCGCAUCAAGCAGUUGGUCCCUUACCUUUCCCGCCCCAACCUGGCCACAGUGAUCCAUGCGACAGUCAUCUCCAGGCUUGACUACUGUAAUUCGCUCUACGCGGGGCUGCCCUUGAAGCUGACCCAGAAACUCCAGGGGGUGCAGAAUGCUGCAGCGAGGCUCCUCACGGGGUCUCUGCCAUGGGAGCAUAUUCACCCAGUGCUUUUCAAACUGCACUGGCUCCCGGUAGAGUACAGGGUCACUGUACUGCAACGGGACACUGUGACGGAAACCAGAGCACACAGAAACGCUGUUUACCUUCCAGCCGCAGUGGUACCUAUUUAUCUACUUGCACUGGCAUGCUUUCAAACUGCUAGAUUGGCAGGAGCUGGGACAGACCAAUGAGAGCUCACCCCGUCACUAGGAUUGGAACCACCAACCUUCCAAUCAGCAAGCCCAAGAGCAGGAGUCAGCAAACUUUUUCAGCAGGGGACCGGUCAGUUGUCCCUCAGACCUUGUGAGGGCAGGGCGGACUAUAUUUUGAAAAAAUAAUAAUGAACGAAUUCCUAUGCCCCACAAAUAACCCAGAAGUGCAUUUUAAAUAAAAGGGCACAUUCUACUCAUGUAAAAACACGCUGAUUCCCGGACCGUCCGCAGGCGGAUUUAGAAGGCGAUUGGGCCGGAUCCAGCCCUGGGCCUUAGUUUGCCUACCCAUGCUCAGUGGUUUGGACCACAGCGCCACCCGCGUCCUUCUUUUCUGUAUUGCAGGGGCUUGGACUUGAUGACCCUUGUGACACCUUCCAAGUUACUACUUAUUGACAGUUUCAAAUACUCAGGUUGCUCCUGGGACAUUGCUGUGCACUUGGCAAAUGGUGAGACACCAUUGCUCAGUCCAGCCCGCAGUGGCUAUGCUACACAAAAAGUGAAAAAAGACCUGAUGGGCCCAAUUAUGCCUUAGCUUCAGUAAGUUGGUUUGAAACAUUUGCAAACAGGAGUAGAAGAAAUGACCAUCACAGAAGUGAAGAAGGGUUUGCAGUUGGGUUUGUCACUGGAAGUUGCCCAUGAUUGGGGCGCCAGGGGCACAAAGAUGGGAUAGAGGAGGUUGAGCUAGAUUUAAAUGGGGUGUUGGGUGAUGCCUGUAAUCUUUGCUAUUGCGUGCUAUAUAAAUAUUGGAAUGAACGAACUAUUGCUUAUUUCUUAGUUCUCAGCUAAUCUGGAAUGUUCAAGGUCGAGCGAACCACUGGCAGUCUUCACUUCUUGGACUGAGGGCAGCACUACCUAUGAGGUAAAACCCAAGUCAGCUUCGAUCUUAUAAGGUACACAACAAGCCUGUGGGAGUGAGUGUGACUGGCCCACGGUCACCAGUGAGCUUUGUAGCUGAGUGGGGAACUGAAUCCAGGUCUCCCUGGACCUAGUCUGACAAUCUCAGGGUUGUGGGUUUGAGCCCCAUGUUGGGCAAAUAGAUUCCUACAUUGCAGGGGGGGUUCUAAGGCGAACAUUUAAGUCACAUUUACCUGGGAGUCAACCCAGCUGAAUACGGCAAGACUUAUUUUCAAAUAAACAUGUGUAGCAUUGUUCAUUUAAGAAGAGUUCUGUGUAUUUCAUGGAUGAUCAAAUAAAACAGGGAAGGGAAACCUGUUGCCUCUCCAGAUGUAGUUGGACUCCGACUACCAUCCAACAUGGCCAGUGGGCAGAGAUGAUGGGAUUUGUAGUCCAAUGUCUGGAAGGAUACAAGCUCACCAAUCCUGCAAUAUAACGUAUAGGUUGAAAUGUUUUCGGUCCAGCCUGUUUUCGAAACCAUCAAGGUUCAGAGUCAUUGUUGGUUUGUAGCAUAUAGUUGGCCUGAGUGAUAAUAUUGCAUGCCUAUAAUAAUAACCGUUUGAAGUGUUUUUCUCUCCCCAUUAGAGCAGAACCAAGGAAGAAGAAGAAGGUGGAUCAAAAGAGAGAUAUAGCCAUAAGAGACCGGUUGAGGAAGAAAAUAAAAAAAUUACAAAAAGCCCCUCAAGAACUAAUUCCUAUUGAAGACUUUAUAACACCGUUCAGAUUUCUAGAUGAAAAAAGGUAAUCGUCAGUGAUUCCCAUGCAUAACAGUGUGGCUGCAAUUGCUUCUUUCCCAGAGAUUCAAUGUCAGUUUGGCUUAAGAAAUUUUAGCACUCGUAGUUUCACCUUCUGAAACAAGGAUUGACAGCUUAGGAACUUGUGCAGGUCUUGUAAAAAAAAAAUCUUCCAACUGGUUGGCCCCAAGUUGUAACUGUUUUGUUUUUUAGGAAGGGACUAGACAAAAUGGUGUUCAGCUGCAAAGGGGAUUCAGAUAUUUAAUUUGGCACAUCUUACCUGAGAAUCUUCUGCUAUUCUAUUCUAUUUAAUGCAACAAAUAAUUUUAGUAGCCGUGACCAUGGUUUUAUUGUAUGUCUGUGCCCGACGAUUUUUAUGGUUAUUGUUGUUUUUUCUUUUUCUUUUUUCUUUUGUUCUCCUUCUGAAUGCCAUGGCCUAUGCCUAGUGGAAUAAAAAGUUUAAUUGGAAAUUGUGUUUUUCUCUUUUAGGGUGCGAGACACCCCUCCGCUCUCCCCCGAGGAAAGCGAAAGGCGAGCUCUGCUUAUGAAGAAGUGGUCAUUUUACAAGCAAAAGCAGCACGAGGCAGAGAAAGGUAUAAUCAAAUCCCUUGUGGAUGCCCAGGAAGCAGCGUUAAAAGAACUGCGCCUUGAAUCGGAGGAACUGUACGAGGCAGCAAUUCAGCGAGACGAUGGUCUGUUCCCUUUUGAGAGACAGGAGCUUAUGCACUCACCGCCGCUGCCUAAGUAUGAGGCUCCCGAAGGAAAAUGUGUCGACGUCACCAAAGUAUAUACACAGUGAUUCGGAAACGUUGCCAAGGAACUACUGGAAGAUUCAGCAAAUGCAAAACACAAUGGCAUGAACAAUGUGUGGUCAUUCAUUACUUCUGAAUUACCAGAAACGAAUAGAACACAUCACAAGAGCAAGCCUCCCUUUUAGCAUAGGGUACAUUCUAGACAUCCACUAUCCUUCUCUCUUUGUGCAAAGAAGAUGUGACAUAAACAACAUUUUUAUGAUGAUUUUUUCCGCCAUUUUUUCCUGAUUAGUAGCCAACUUCUGGUCUGCCAGCUGUUGUGUGGAGUACAACUCCCAUCGUUCCUCACUGUUGGUUAUGCUGUUUGGGGCUGAUGGAAAUUGAUUGGCUAGCCACCUUUGCUCUGAGCACCAGCUUGGACAGAAUGUGUUCAGCUAGGAUAUGUUAUUGGGUCUACAUUCUAAGUAAAGCUAUGCAAGGAGGAGGAGGAGGAGGGAAGGGUUCUUUCCUGCUUCUCAUAGCAACCCCUCUCGAGCCCUAAUAGGUAGGGCCACACCCCACAACAAGGACUCUGGGAAUUGUAAAGAUGGAGAGGUCAGAAGAUUGUACAUCCCAUGGGGUUACCAACCGUUUUGAAUUUUGAGAGUGUGCUGGGGAUACUAGUCCCCAAACAGCUGCCACAGGAGGGUGGCAUAACAAAUGGUAGGCAUAUAUUGGUGAAGCUUUCCCCAUAAUCGUAUUUCCUACGAGAAGAGGCUUAACCCACCUCUUGUAUGUUAAGUAGAAAAUAAGUGGCAACAGCGCAUUAAGGGCAAGAGGGAAACAGCAGCUCCUUAGGGCCUUGGGAUUCCGAUCACUUGGGGUUCAAACAACUCACACACCAAUCACAGCUCUGACCACUCAUCGUCUAAAAACACAGACAGGAAGGAACAACCAGGCUCCCUCAUUUCACAAAAAUCCCUUGGAAGGAUUUCUGCACAUUUUGCUUCAUGGGAAGGCUAGGUAAAGGUAAAGGGACCCCUGACCAUUAGGUCCAGUCGUGGCCGACUCUGGGGUUGCGGCGCUCAUCUCGCCUUAUUGGCCGAGGGAGCCGGUGUACAGCUUCUGGGUCAUGUGGCCAGCAUGACUAAGCCGCUUCUGGCAAACCAAAGCAGCGCAUGGAAACACUGUUUACCUUCCCACUGGAGCGGUACCUAUUUAUCUACUUGCACUUUGACAUGCUUUCGAACUGCUAGGUUGGCAGGAGCAGGGACUGAGCAACUGGAGCUCACCCUGUUGUGAGGAUUCGAACUGCCAACCUUCUGAUCGGCAAGCCCUAGGCUCUGUGGUUUAACCCACAGCGCCACCCACGUCCCCUGGGAAGGCUAGAGACCUUUAAAAAAAUGAAAACUCACGAGUCUGCGGCUCAUGUCAGGGUGCCAAGCGAAGGUCUUCCCCAGGUCCCACAGGACCAGGUUAGCAGCCCCGGCUUUAUCACAUAUUCAGAACGUAUGUGCUGUAUUUGUAGUACAGUCAAACCUUGGUUGUCGAACGUAAUCCAUUCCGGAAGACCGUUCAACUUCCGAAACGUUCGACAACCAGGGAUCAAAGGGCGGUCAGCAAAGUCAAUGGAGAGAAAAGAAAAAAAUUCCCCAGAAGCUGUUCAGCUUCCAAAAACUGUUCAAAAACAGCAGCAGUUACUUCCGGGAGCAGUUUGGGAGCCAAAGUGUUCCAAAACGGAGGUGUUUGGGAGCUGAGCUUUGACUGUACACACAAACUUCUAAACCACCUCCACUCGCCGUGUACAAAUCUACAGGAUUGUGUCCACUGUAGCCCUGUCCUGAAAGUCAGUGGUAUUCUGACAGUACUGUUUAGAACAUUGUUGCACGAGGGAAAACAGGGUGCCAUAGGACAGCUCACAACAUUAAAUAAAGCCCGUUAGCUGUGACAGUUAAAUGGUACUUUCACGUUCGGAGACAAUAUACCUCUUACCUAGCAAGUAUGGGGACUUGUAACAGGGUUAUCUCCUCCAAAUUAUCUCUUUAACACACUGUUUACUAAAUACUUCAGAACAGAUUGUACUUUUAAAAAAAUAUCGAGCACCACUAUAGUGAAGUAUAUGGUUGCUGUGAGCAUGGGUUUAUGGCUGAGAACUCUUCUGUACAGCACAGUGUUAGGAUUCCAUAGAAGGCAUCACCCAGAAGUCCAACACCUGGUAUUCCAGGGCCUCAUCAUUUGGGUUUGUCUUCAUCCAGAGGCAGAUACCAGCUUACGGGAGGACCUUUCCUCAAGCUCCACACCGGAGCAUACUUCUGUUUCUCCAUAACCCGCUCUCUUUCGCUCUUGCAUAGGGAGUCCUGGAAAAAGGCAGAAUCAACAAUAAUGUUAACAAUGCCCUCAGUGAGCAUGGUGCUAUGCAGAACAGAAGAUCUCGGGUUCCACCUGGGGUCUCCAGGUAGGACUUGAAACAACUGUGAAAUCCUGGAGAGCUGGAUAGGCAUCUCAGGGUAGGCGUUCCUGACUCAGGCAGACCAGUGGUCCCAGCUGGUAAAAGAAAGCUUUGUCUGCAAUCUUAGAAUCGUAGAGUUGAAGGGGCCACAAGCGUCAUCUACUCCAACCCCCUGCAAUGUAGGAGACCAAAAUGGGAUGUGAAUCCAUAACACUGAGAUCAAGAGUCUCAUGCUCUACCAACUGAGCUAUCUUGUAGGUCAUGGCUCACUGGUAGAACACCUGCUUUGGGUGCAGAAGGUCCCAGCUUCAACCUCCAGAUAGGACUGGGAAAGACUGGAAUACUGGAGCUGCUGCCAGUGUAGACAGUACUGACUGAUGGACCCAUGGUCUCACUCAGUGUAAGGCAGCUUUCUAUGUCCCUCAGUAUUAAGGGAAGGAUGUGUCUGCAAAAUGUCCCAGGUUCAAUCCCCAGCACCUCCAGGUAAGGGUUAGGGAAAAGCACCUAUGUGAAACGGUGGGGAGCAGCUGCCAAUCACUGUUGAUGUACAUCAAGGGUGGGCUUAUGGUCGAUGGGAUUGGGGAAUCUACUGGUUAAAUAUCUAGGUUAUCGGUAGAUCAGUAAGGGGUUCUGACUCCCCAUAGUAACAACAAAAACACAAUUUUGGUUAGUGAUUUUAUACUUGUAAACCGCUUGGAAGCUGCCUUGGCAAUUUAGUGGUAUAUAAAGGAACUAAUAAACAACAAUAAUAGUUGAUAAAAAAAUUAUGCUGCUACAAUAAAGCAAACUUGGAGGC